UCGGUUCGGUUCCGUCAAAGUUAAAAACUGCAUUGAAACGGGAGGAGAAGCCGUAACAAACACUUAUAUUAUACCGCAUAAGCUUUAAAAUCAGCAUUUAUUUUUGCAUAUUCUAUAAGUUUUUGAUUGAAUUAAUUCUUCAAAUAUGUUGAUCAAAGUGAAGACGCUCACAGGCAAGGAGAUCGAGAUUGAUAUUGAGCCGACAGAUAAGGUGGAGAGAAUUAAAGAAAGAGUGGAAGAGAAAGAAGGCAUACCACCUCAGCAACAACGCCUUAUAUUUUCCGGCAAACAAAUGAAUGAUGAAAAAACGGCCCAGGACUACAAAGUGCAAGGCGGCUCUGUUCUCCACUUGGUGUUGGCACUACGAGGAGGGGAGUGAAGGCUUGUGAUACUUUUCUCAUAUUUAUAACUCUUAAUUUUAUGUUAAUUUCUUACUGUAUAAAGUAAAUAUGCAUUACUAAGAAAAUAUUGUUGAGAUUCUACAUCCUCCUUAACUAUCAUGGUGCAUGGCAAUUUACCAUGAGCGAAAACUCUUUUACUUUGUCUCAGAUUGAAUGGAAAUGAUCUAAGGGUAUGUACUUAUAUACAGUCACAUGCAAUAAUAAGUUACUCUUCGAAGGCCGCUACUUAAAAUAUGUGACACGCUCUUAUGGCUCGACAAAUACGAUCGUGUCAGUUAUUUUUGCGGCCUUCGUUGUGUAACAUAUUAUUGCAGGCACUGUACUAUAUCCUUGGCACCUAGAUUCAAUGCCAGGUGCCAGCCUAUGUGCUUGUAAAUCUUGUUAUUUAACUACUAAUGACUUUGACGUAGUCAUUAUAUUUGAAUCAUUUAGAAGUAAAAUCAGUCUACAUGUUU